AUCGUGUGUUUGGUGUAUGAAUGGAGUAGUUUUAGUCAAAACCCAAGUAUUAGAAUGAUGUGGAAAGACAUUUGACUCAUCGUGGCAGCCUGUAAUUUGAGACCUCCAGAAUGUCAAGAUCUCCCAUCAAGAAAGAAGGGAGCACAGCAGCUUCUCUUGAGGAGCAGGAGGUUCUCUCAAAGCCCAGCAAAUCUUUGGUUGCAACAGGAAGCAGCAGCCAAAGUUCCAUGAGUAUUUGUCCACCCACUGACCUGGUAGUGGAUGUGGGUGCCAGCUCAGCCCUACUGAGUGACGUGGCGGCUGCCCUGCUGUCACCUCCCACAGUUCCACGCACCCAGCCUCCUCCGUACUCCAGCGUUGCUGGCAGCGGUGGCAGCUCACCGGCUGCUGCCUCCAAAAGUCCUCUGCUGCUGCGGCCUCCCCCUCCCCCCUACACUGCCACCAACCCCAUCCCUGGCACUGGCAGUAAUCCUGGUUCUGGUAGCGGAAGCCUCUCGCCUCUGAGCCAGAGUGGGGGAUUGUUCUCUCUCCUGUCAGGGGGCAGCAGUGGUGCCUCGAGACCUUAUGGCCUUGCCAGCACCACCACCAGCAAUGCUGGGGCCAGCAAGUCUAUAUUAGGAGUCGGGGUCCCUAAAACCAGUCCCAACUUGGUGGCCAAGACCGGCAGCACCUCGCUGGACAUGAUGCCCACCAUCCCUCUAGUGCCUGUCAAUUUCGGCAGCCGCAGCAGCAGUGCCGGCAGCUCUCCUGCUGGAGGGAUGCUGAGCAAAGCCCUGAGAGGGGGCGUGGUGCGGCCCAGGGCUCCACUGGGGGCAGGACUUCUGAGUCUCGCCAGGUCCACGUCUCUGACCAUCAAACGCGGUGGCAGUGGUGCUCUGAAAAUAAAGAAACCUUUUGGACUUGGUCGCGGUGGGCGGCGACUGGAGCACAGCCUUUCACUGGANGAAUGA